AUGACCUGUAAUAUGGGCCACGACAUUUCUAGCUUCCUUCGCCUUGGCAAACAUGAUAUUACGCUUACGACCCCCCGUCUCUUUCUCGAAGUCAAGGCCCCGUCGCAGAUGUCUCUCACUCUGCCGUACAAGGUGCAGUUCGUCCUCCGCCGCGCAAAGAGGGACGGAGUAAAUCGCCCGUGUGUUGUCCGCUGGAACCCCAGCCUCGAGGCAUUUGGCCCCUUGGGCCUCAUAGUCUUACGUCACGCCACCGACAACGAUGAUAGCUUUGAGCAGCUUGCUAUCGAACACGACGGGCUAACAGAGCCUCCCGAGGCAGAGGGACGCACCCUCACAGACGGCCAGACCGACUUCUGGUUCACGCUCGCGCCCGGGGGCGAAGCACGUCUCGACGCGCUGCUACCGGAGCGCUACUACCGUGUGCUUCAAGCCGAUGGCAGGUAUACGUUGCUGUACCCCGGAGCGGAGCUUGCUUUCUGGGACUGGAGCUCAGACCGGGACAUUUCCGGUACAGAAACUCGGCAGGCCGCAGCCGAAGGUCAGGAGGGCGGGCAAGAGACCCGGCCGUCCUUGGUGGUCCCCGGAGGUGCUCGCGUUUCGUUCACAACGCAGGCGGAGCAGCCGCCGCGGCCGGGGCGGGACACGCUCGAGGCAAACGAAGGCUUUCACAAAGCGAACUUGGAAGAGUGGCGGUGGCGGCGUGAGGAAGCAAGACAGGACAUGAGGUUCUAUGAGGAGGCACCCCCGCCCCGUCGGCCGAGUGAGAGAGUCCCGGGGUCGCCGGCGCUUUCCGUAACGCUGCAGUGUGCGCCGACCAUGACACGGACACAGCAGGUCAAAGUUAUUGUGACGGUUACUUAUGACGGCGUCUGCGGACCAGGAGGCGAAAUCAAACAAGCCACACGGCCGAUAAUGUUCCACUCCUGGGCUGUCAUGGCUCUUGAAGACGAUCCAUGGCGCGAUGGCUUCCGGUUAUACCGCCGACGAGGCAGUGACGUCGACGGGCCGUGGGAAUAUUGUGAGGAGGACGACGGCGGCCACGAGGGGUUUCGGUUAUAUGAUGGCCCCGAUAGGCCUGUCCACGUCGCUAGCCAUGAACACUUCACCAGCCUACGCCCAGGGGAGUCGUGGACGACGACAACGCAUCUGCGGAGCAUGAUUCCCGCGGACGCAGCACCGGGCGACAUCUUCUCGUACGGGUUCAGAGGGACGGUUGUGGACUGGUGGGACUGGGGCAGUGCCGAAGACCAUGCCGAGACUGCAGUCGCGUUGCCCAGUUGGAUUGCAGACCGAGUUGUUGACCCUGCAGACAACGAGGGACGGCCGAGGCUGGUGGUGCCGAAGUCAGGACCUGUUGACUUUAGAAUUGUAGGAUGA